AUGGGAUUUGAAGGCGAGGGCAGUUUAGCCAGCACCGGGACCCGAUGCAACGACACCGAAAGGACGCUUUGGCUGAUGCUAGGCGUCAACAGCCUCCUCACAGGCAUGCAGAUUAUUUGUGGCUUCAUCGCGAACUCCUUGGCCCUCCUGGGCGACGGCGCUUUGAUGGCCAUGGAUGGCGUUUCCUAUGCCGUCAGCUUGUACGCCGAGAGGCAAAAAUCCUCCGCAGAGGAUGCCAAACGCCUGGACAGAAUCGCUGCCUUCUUCAGCGCUGCGAUGCUGGCUGCGACGACGCGACGCCCUCGGCAUCUCGGGGGCCGAGCGCCGAAGUCUCUGGCAGGGCGUGGGUGCUCUUCGACGUCGUCGAGCGGCUGGUGGGUGAGGAGCGAGAAUCGGCCGUGCAGGCGCCGACCGGACUCCAGGCAGGACUCCAAACGAGCCAAACGAGCUCCCAGGUGA